AUGGGGGGCAAGUCAGCUACCAAGGCCGUCUACUUCGAUAGACUCAAGGCCCUGCUCGAGGAGUACCGCUCUGUUUUCAUUGUCACCAUCGACAAUGUCAGCUCCCAGCAGAUGCACGAGAUCCGUAUCUCCAUGCGUGGAGAGGGUGCUGUCCUGAUGGGCAAGAACACCAUGGUCCGUCGUGCCAUCAAGGGAUUCAUCAGCGAAUUCCCCGAGUACGAGCGUCUCCUUCCCUUCGUCAGGGGCAACGUUGGUUUCGUUUUCACCAACGGUGACCUCAAGGCGACCCGUGACAAGAUCUUGGGCAACAAGGUCGCUGCUCCUGCUCGUGCUGGUGCCGUCGCCCCGGCCGAUGUCUUCAUUCCUGCCGGAAACACUGGUAUGGAACCCGGCAAGACUUCUUUCUUCCAGGCCCUCGGUGUUCCCACCAAGAUUGCUCGUGGUACCAUUGAAAUUGUUUCCGACCUGAAGUUGGUCGAGGCCGGCUCCAAGGUCGGUGCCUCUGAGGCCACUCUUCUUAACAUGCUCAACAUCUCUCCCUUCACCUACGGUAUGGGCAUUACCCAGAUCUACGACCAGGGUCAGACCUUCCCUUCGGACAUUCUCGACAUCUCCGAGGAGCACCUCCUUGGCGCUCUUACCUCUGCCAUCAAGACCGUUGCCUGCGUUUCGCUUGCGGCUAACUACCCCACUCUGCCUUCCGUUAUGCACUCUCUCGUCAACGGCUACAAGAAGGUUCUCGCUGUUGCCAUCUCUAGCGAGUACAGCUGGCCCGAGAUUGAGGAGCUCAAGGACCGCAUUGCCAACCCUGACGCCUACGCUGCUGCUGCGCCGGUCGCUACUGAGGCUCCGGCUGAGGAGACCAAGGCUGAGGAGAAGAAGGAGGAAGAGGAGGAGGAGAGUGGUGACGAGGGCUUCGGUGGUCUCUUCGACUAA